CGUCACAUGGCAUCCCGGAAGUUCCGCAUUUCCCUGCGGCAGGUGGACACAUCGCAGAGGAUUGUAUGAAAGACCGGCGAAUGGAACGGGCGGCUGGACAUGCGCAUAUCCUCAUCCCUGUGUUUUGGCAUGAGUUUUUUUAAAUAGGCCUAUCAGUGUUUUAUGCUAGCUAAAAGUGUUGUGAGUGUACUCCGUGCUACUUCUCCGGUUUGUUUAUACAUAAUUCAGGGGGGUUCCGAAGCUUGACGUCAAAAUUGCAGCCGGUAUCAACGCUUAGUUACUUGUCAAUACGCGCGGAGCCCUAGUCACGCUUGACGAUGUCGUAUGCAUUAGUAAUGUGAGGUUACCCAUAUCCAAGAAGCGAAGACGGCAAGGACACUCCUUGGGACGGUCGCCAUGUGUGUACCGGUUGACCCUCGGUUGAUAACAUAGCCAGAUGCGGUGCAGCAUCGGGAUGCGGUCGGAGGUGGAAUACAGCCCAGUGGGCGAGGGACUGGGAAUGAGGGAGUACUGGCUGUAUGUGUGGAUGCGCCGGGUUGCAGUGAUCGCAGCGCACGUUAUCGCCUUGGGACUUACCAUACUUAUGUCACUGCUGUCCCGACCAGGAACAAGUCUUUUCUCCUGGCAUCCAGUGUGUAUGUCUGCAGCAUUCUGCCUGUGUAUGACUGAGGGAAUCCUUCUGUUCUCCACUGAGUGCACCCCCUUCUGCUUCAAGUCCCGGCAGGCCAAGGUGCGAAUGCACUGGUUCCUGCAAGCCCUGGUGCUGGCAGGCGGGGCCGGCGGCCUAGCCUUUAUGGUGGCCAGUAAAUCAUUGUCGGAGCGCCCCCACUUGACCACUUGGCAUGGCUGGCUGGGUGCGAGCACGCUGGUGGCCACCGUGCUCCAGGCGGGCUGUGGAGUGGGGCUGCUGUUGUCGCCACGUCUGCGCCUGGGUACCGCCGUCUCACGCCUGCGACUCUACCACGCCACCUGCGGGCUGCUGGCCUACCUGCUGUCAACGGGCACCGUGGUACUGGCUGUCUGUAGCGACUGGUUCCAGGCCACCGUGCGCGGCCCGCCCUGGUACGCCUUCCUGCUGCUGCCGUUCUUCCCAGCCCUGGUGGUGAUGAACCAGAUCACCAAUGCCUACCUGCCCAAGAAGAAGCUCUCUUCCUGAUCUCACCCACCAACCCCCACCCCCCCCCCCCCCCAGAGUGAGGAGGCAUGGACACUGCAAGCACAUUCAUUUUCAGGUCUCAGCGAACUUUUUAUGCAAUGGAACAGCUCACUAGCACUUUGUUGGAGCUGUUCCUCCCCCGACUUGGAGAGUUCCUCCCCUAGAUGGUUCCUUCCCUUCUAGGAUGAAACAUCAAAAUUGUAUGGAAUGAGUGGAAAGAAGCAGGUUUGGCGUUGUAGUCAAAAAUGUUCUGAGAAGGGUUCUCAUGCAGCGAGAGGCUAGAUCUGCUGGCAUUACAUGAGGUGUGGGGGGCGGAUCAGUCUCACGAUGCUGUAAAUGUCUCAGUCCCUGAUGCAUGGGCCUUGUUCCCCCUCACGUUAGAUGGCGCGAUGCUGAAAUCUUGCUGCUGAUUUUUCUGUAGCACAUACUGUCAAUGAACGUUUGAGGGGCAUCUCCAGCGCUAUGCGAGACCAACUGAACUGGACAACUAACCCCUGCGGAAAAUCCUUGACGAAGCCUUUCAGAAACGAUAUACGUCGUAGGGAGCUGUGCUGUUCUGUUGGUUUUUCCUCCCGCGUGAAAUAUUUUAAUCUGCCGUCCAUUCAAGUUAAAGAAUCCUGCUGCCCUGUGAGCAUGCGUCUGCCCCCCAUCCCACACCCACACACACACACACACACCCCCGGGAACAAGGCCAUGCUGCAGAAAAGCUAUUUUUAAACAUUUUGUUGGAAGACUCCUGCGUGUGCCGUGGCGGAAACAAUGCCGAGGGCAUGUAACGGGGAGACAAAGGGGUUCGCGAUUUUUUAAAGCCACCAAAUAUCGAAAUAUAAUGAAGCACAUGUACAGUACUGAGGUCCUGAUGCAAAAUCUUGUUUAAUUGUAUUAAGUUCUAUAUUUUUAGCUCCUGGGAUCUUUACCAGUGGCUGCCGUGUGUGUGUGUGUGUGUGUGUGUGUGUGUGUGUGUGUGUGUGUGUGUGUGUGUGUGUGUGUGUGUGUGUGUGUGUGUGUGUGUGUGUACACAUAUAUAAAUAUCUGUUGGAUUACAGUGUUUGUGUGUGUGUGUGUGUGUGCUGGUUAGUCCUGCGUAAUACUGUUUUGUUUUCUGAAAUUAAUGCAUUACAUCAUUGAUCAGGUUAUCGCUAGGCCUAAGAGUGUAAUUUUAGGUUUAUUCUAUAUAUCCUGUACAUCUGACUCCAAGAACGUACCAAAACAUCCAUUGAGCCAGGUAACAAAGUUUUCUUUUUUUAUUUUGUUAAACAGUGUGGCUUUAGGGAGAGACAGGGAAAUUGGAUUUUGGCAGGGACAGAAGGCAGGACUGGGACAGUCUACAGUCCUUUCCAGCACAGUAUGGGUUCAAUGAUGUAUUUCCAUGGCAACAGUGAGAGUGAGUAGUUAGAGCAUUAGGUGCAUGGCGUGCGUGUGCAUGUGUGACAUCGUUACAUCGCCCUGAAGAACAAAAUGGAGACAGUGGGGGGGGGGGGGGGGGGGGUUGUGGUGGUAGUGUAUACUGGGAGCACUGAUGGAAAUGGUUUGUCUGUUGUGAAUAUUACUCAAGGAAGGAAGGGUUCAGGCACCUCCAGACACAGUGGGCAAUGCCAUUCCAGGCCCAGUGGGGGGACCUCCUGACAAAGCGGGCGAUACCAUUCCAGGCCUAGUGGGGGUGUGGGGGAGACUGGGGUUACUAACCUACUCCUAGAUUCCUGGGGGUUGAAUCAUUAUGUUAUGGGGGUCUAUUUACUGUAUUUACUAUUUACUAUUUACCACUGACAGAGGCCUCUAUGGAUUGCUGUGGGCAGCUUUGACUGUUGAAUAAAAACCUUUGAAAAAUGAAAA